UUUACCUUGGGUGCCUUAGAUACUCUGAAUUCAGUGGUUGUUAGCCACUUUAGUCUGUUUUCAGAACCAGUGGAUCAACUAGAGGAAGCAGCUAUCAGACAAUUGGACAUGAGACCAUCAGGGUAGAGGAUGGCAUCAAGUUUGGAAAGUACUCCCCUUCCUCAGAACAUAGUUCUUGGGAAAAUUUAAUGUCGGUCCUUUAUGAUGUGUUCAUUUGUCAAAUACUGAGCAUCUAUAAAUAAUUUUCUGAUUGUCGGCAGCGUAAAAGGAAACUCAAAGCAGAAAAUGUCACCUGCAAAGCAAAUUUAUUUCCAUUCUUAGGUGUAAGAUCCCUGAUAGUUCAAACUGGCUUUAAAAUACAGUCAACAGGUGAUGCACGCUCCAGAGGCUGAGGCAGGAGGAGGAACAAAAGUUUUAAAGCCAGUGUCAGCAACAGCAGGCACUAAGCAACUCAGUGAGACCCUGCCUGAGCUUUCUUAAGCCGUCCCCUCCCUACCAAUCAAACCAGGCUCCCUAGGAGCCGGGACCCGACGAUCUCGGUACGUCACGAUGGAAGUGUGAAUUCUGGGUUGCGGGAGCGUCCGCACAGGCGGUAAGUGGAGAGAGCAGGUGGAACUAUGCGAGUGACGCCCUUGCGGAGUCCCCCACUGCCUGGUGCAGAGCGGUUAAGCCCAUACAAGCGCCGCAGACUUCUGCGGAAAGGAAAAGAGCAGAAGGCGACACGGUCCCGCCUCACCCUCACGAAGGAAAAGGGGAAACGUUCACGCCCAACAAGCGACCCCGCACUUUUUGUUGGCGCUGCCCCAACAACCGCCGGCCCGCGGACCCGGAAGUGGUUCUGCGCGCCCCUUGCCUCGGGAGCGGCGGUGUCCCCGUGCGUCUGCGCACACCAUCUCCAAGCGCGCCCUUUGUGCGGCGACGCUAGACAAGCCCGGCUGUCCUGCGCAAGCGCAGUCAAGGACUCGGUCCUGCGCUGCCCGGCCACCCCCACCACUCUGCUCAGCGACAUGAGUCGCCCCAGCAUCAGCAGCACAGCUGAAAAAGCAAAGACCCUGCUCUGGGGUAGUGAACUAAAUCUGGAGAGGCGAAGCUGCACCUUCAGACCUCAAGCGGAGAGGAAGGAGAGCUGUAGGCUGUUGCUCAAUGCGAUUUGCCUGGGGGAGAAAGCCAAAGAUGAGGUGAACCGAGUGGAGAUCGUGCCCUCGACAAACCAGGAAGACAAGAAGACGCAGCCCAUCACCAUUGCCUCACUGAAGGCUUCGGUCCUACCCAUGGUCGCCAUGACAGGAGUAGAAUUUUCUCCUCCAGUUACUUUUCACCUCCGGGCUGGCUCAGGGCCUGUGUUUCUCAGUGGCCAGGAAUGUUAUGAAACUUCAGACAUACCCUGGGAAGAAGAAGAGGAGGAGGAAGAGGUGGAGGAGGAAGAGGAGGAAGAAGAGGAAGAAGAGGAAGAGGAUGACAACGAGGCAGAUGUGUCUCUAGAGGACACACCUGUCAAACAAGUCAAGCGGCCGGCACUGCAGAAGCAGACCAGCGUUGCCAAGAAAAAAAAGCUGGACAAAGAAGAGGAGACAGAAAGGUCCAGCCUUCCAGAGAAGAGCCCUGUAAGAAAGGAAAAGGGUGAGCUGGGACUGAAGCAGGAGCUGACAAGUGGCAGAUAUGCAGGUGGGCUGUGUUUGCAGCAGCUGGCUGUUGGGAGGAGCAGGCGCUAGACAGCCCCAGUUGGGGGGUGUUGAACUUGGCACUAGGGGGUGGAGAUUAGCUGCGCAGCCAGGCUACUUCUCACUUCCCUUAUCACCUCCUGCAACCCCCCCACCACCAAUGCUAAUGAGCUGCACCCUUCUCCCCUCCUCCUUCCCCCCCUCCAGUGAAGGACAAAGUCGAACAAAGUGUAGGUAAACUGAGGUUGAGCCACGAGGGUCACUGCCCCCUUCCCCUGUUCUUGCAGCACUUUAGACUUUUCAGUCAUCUGAAAAACCAUCACAAAUCUCAGCUGACCUUCCUGGUGGCAGUUCUGACAACAUUAGUAGUGGCCAUUUCCUUUUAUGAACUGGGAGCCUGAGACCAGAGAAGGAAAGGGACUUGACAUGGUCACACAGCUGUGAAGGCCAAGCAAGGGGAUAGGAAAACACCCAGGUCCCUGCCUACAGCACGCCAGGCCUUGUAGCUCCCCAACCUGGGGCACACCACUGACUCUCCCCUGGGGGCAAAGGAGCAAAUUGAACCAGAAGCCAGGCCUCCUAAUGCCAAAUGGACAGGACAAGGAGACAAAGAGAUCUCACCCAGGAAGCAGGCUACUCUGCCAUGCCCCAGAGCCCCCUGGCACCAGCCUCGGCUGAGUCCCAAAGCCAAUCUUGACUGCUAGCAUCUGUUACCAUGGAGACCUGGGCUGAGAUUGGGUCAGUAAUGGCAGACCCUGUCCCCACCCACAAGAACCUGGAGCUCAGGCUUAGAGGCCUAGAACAAAUCCCACUGUCCCUUGGGUGAAUGAACCCUAAGGGCAUAAGGUAGAAUCCCCCUCCCUCUACCAGCGGACACCACUGUGGAGCAUCAGGGCCUGAGCCCUGUGAAUCUGUGCCUGCAAUCCCACCUGACCCCUGGGUUGGAGGUUGGCUGGAGGUGGCCUCUAACACCCUCUCUGGGAGCUGAUGGGUUUGGGCAUGAAGGCAGAGGUUCCCCAAGGGAUCAAGACAGAAUCUGAUGGGGAGAGACACUGGGGUAGGUUCCUGGAAGAGGCAGAGACUGAAACAGGCUUAGAGUAAUGGGAAGAAUGUGGAAGAGGAGUGCAGAGGAUGGCUCAGCAGGGGGCGAGAGGCGGGCGGGUUGGGGUGUGGUCAGGGAACUGCAGGCACUGUGCUAGGAUGUGCGCAUCUGGCCUUUUGUCAUGCACCACCGUGCCAGCAGUGAAACACGAGGUGAGUCACCAACCCACUGAGUCUCAUCUGUGGAAUGAUGGGUUGAACCAGAUCAUGAAGCUCUAAAAUCGCUUCCAGUUUUGAUGCCAUUUGAAUCUGAUCCCAAAGCCCUGGAUUCCCCAGGUUACUUGAGCCUCCACCCUCCUUAAACCAGUUCUGGCAACUUACUCCUGGGCCCCCUGGUUGGGGCUUAAGCCGGGGGAGGCGGAGCUGGACAGCCCCCUGCUGGAGCUGGACGGAGCCCGGGCGGGGGCUGCUUGGCUUGUUUGUGUGUGGGGCCAGGGUGGCAGACCACUUUGUGGAUUGCUGAAGCUCAGGAAGGUGAGAGGAACCUGGAGGUGAGAGUUUCACCCUAAAAGUCAGCUCCUUAGGUAAAUGAACCCACACCUAGCAUUUCCCUUCUCCCUUCCCAGGGCACCAAGAACUCCAGGGAGUCAGAGCUGAGACCUGGGCUUCUCUCAGAGACCCCCUCCUGCACUCCCCACUCCCACUGUCACCAACGUCCCCUUUCUGUAGGGGGGAGACAGCACAGAGCUCCCUGGCCAUCAGCUUUCAGG